CGUGGACUGAAAAAACAGUGCGCGACCGGUUGUUGUCCCGUGCGCGACCGCGCGGUUCCGACAGAGGAGGAUAUCUCGCGUUUCGUCCGCUCUUCUGUGGUGUGCCUGUGUGUCCCUUUACCAAGGAGGAAGAGAGGUUAGGUUAGGCUAGGCUCGCGUCACCCCCGGCCACGCACCGUCCUUGUCUAUCUCUCUUUCUCUCUCUCUGUCUAUCUACGUUCCUUCCCGCCCCUCUUUCUCUGGCAUACGCGAAGAGGAACGCGCAGACACGAGAGCCAGACCGACUACUACUACUAUUACCACCACACUAAACCACCAACACACAUAGACACACGCGCCCAGCCAGCCAGGACAAUUGGGGAAAGAGGAGGAAAACACAAAUGCCGAUCGCCGGUGGAAUUCUGGUCGCUGGAACCGCGGCUCAUUGCCUGUCUUCCGCCGCUGGCAUGCUUCGAUUCCUGGCUAGACUUUCAGGGAGGCGGCGGCACGUGCGCCGGAGUUCUGGGCCAGGUGGUGGAGCUCGUGCCGUUGAAGAAACAGAAGAGGCAGCAGCAGCAGCAGCAGCAGCGGGGGUGGUGGGAGGCUUGGUGGAUGUGAGGGACGAAGGAAGGGGAGUAGGAGGAUGCGAGCCGGUUGGAGCGAGCGUGAUCGAGGAGGUUAGUUGUUCACCGGUGGCGGAUGGCGAGGUCUGCUGCGGCGACAGCAGUACCACCACCAACUAUAGCCACCGUCGUCAUCACCUCCACCAUAUACAUCGUCGCCAUAGUCAUCAUCGUCACCAGCAACAGCAGCAGCAGCAGCAGCAGCAGCAAGAGCAACAGUGUCAUCGAUGUCACCAACGAAGGGACAGCGUCGUAGCUAGCAGCAACGAGCUCGUCGUCGACGAGGAAGUCGACGAUGAGUCUACGUGCCAGGACACCGCUGCUGCUACUACAACCACAACACCCUCGCCACCACAUCGCGAGCUCCAUCACCAUCAACGUCAUCAUCAUCAUCGUCUGCAUCAUCAUCAUCAUCCCUACCACCAUCACCAUCAUCAUCAACAACCUCAUCACCACCACCACCACCACCACCACCAUCAUCAUUAUCAUCUGCAUCAGCAUCUUCAUCAGCGGCUCAGGGACGACAGACCGCCCAGUGAUCAUAAUCAUCGGGACGAAAGCGUGGAACGCAUCGUCCAUAGGACUACCACCGAUCGUCACGCGGAUGGUACCACCGUCACCGAUAACCCUGCCACCGUCACUGCCAUGACGAGAGGAUGCAGGAUCCCGCCCUACCUCGCCACUCUACUCAUCCUCUCUUACACCCUCUUCGGUAUCGCAGACGCCUGUUCAUCGCGGUCGACGCCGAAACCACGGCCACCGACGCCGACGCCUCGACCAAAUAUCACAUUCCACAUGUACACGUGUCCACCGGAUUAUGCGGAAUGGUACUGCUUGAACGGUGCCACUUGUUUCACUGUCAAAAUCGUCGAUUCCCUCCUUUACAAUUGUUUAUGCGCCAACGGUUAUAUCGGGCAGAGAUGCGAGUUUAAGGAUUUAGAUGGUUCCUAUUUACCUUCCCGGCAACGUGUAAUGUUGGAGACAGCCAGCAUCGCCGGCGGUGCCACGAUAGCAGUAUUCCUGGUCGUUAUCAUUUGCAUAGCGGCUUACAUCCACUGUAAGCGAAAGCAAAAGGAAUUACGGUCGAGUAACUGCGUCGACACGGUGGAUGGUCCUGGCCGAGAUCCGGAGUUGAGGCCGUUUAGCAACCGCAGCCGCUCCCUCAUGAUCUUCAUGACCAAGAAUCCUAAUAGCUCGGCGGCGAUAGAGCAGACGAGAAUGCCCGGAUGGAACUGCCCGGAAGCGGAGUCAAUGAGAAUGGCAUCCAUCAGCGAAGGCAAGCGUUCGAAUCAAUGAUAGCCGGGCCCGGUGGCUGCUAAUUCCACGUGAAGACGACGAACCGUGGCGUCCAGCUUAACAGAUCACACCACCACCACCACGUUCGACGGAAGAGAAGAAUCACUUUCACCCAGCUGCUUUCUAUCUCCGUCCAUGGACUAACGUUUUCACGCGGCUGUUUGUUGCGUACC